GCAAGAGCUAGUGUUAAUAUCGCUCAGUCCACUCGUAAGAAACACAGCAUUAAGACGCAGCAUACACACGUUAUUGACUUUGUCAUACAUAAUUUCUUUUUAUUAUUCGCUACUUGAAAUUUAGUGAUAAAUAAAUAAAUUCGCGACAUUCUUUCUUACUGUGAAAUUUAAUGAUAUAAUUUGGGAUUGAGAAAGUUAAAUAGUAACAGUAAUAAGUUUACGCAGUUAAAACUAGAAACUUUACAAUUUAAAAUGCAAAUACUAAAUCCUGCUUUUCAAAAGUAAUGGCUCAAAUUAACAUUAAAAGGGGAAACUCAUUGAUAAUAUAAAGAAUAUUUGUGACAGUGCUAUUAAACGUGCCUCUAAAAAUGUUCGAUUUGCCGACGGUGAAUACAAAAUAAAUGGAUUUCAGUGACUCGUAAUCGGCAUUCAAUAAUUGGUGACAAACUCUAAAAAAAUGGACGCCUACGCUCUACCAACAUAUUUUCCACUUGCGUAUUCUGAACUACAGUUUCUAGCUUCCAGGCGUGCAGCAGCCGCAGCUGCCGCGGCAACAGUUUUACCAGUAUCCCCUUGCAUUAAUCAUUUACACACAACAGAUGUUUCAAGCUCGGUUACAGUUCCAUCCAUGAUUCCAACGGUUGAAGCAUCAGAUUCACUUAAAACAUCACCAUCAAUCCAACCACCAAUAAGUAAUGGAAACAGUCUUCUUGCUAAUUCUUCUGGUCACCAUCAAAAUCAUCAGCAUCAACAUGUUCAUAGUUUAAAUGUUACUGGACAGCCUCAUGCACAUGACUUUCACCCAGCCUAUAGAAUCCCCGGAUAUAUGGAACAAUUGUAUUCUCUUCAACGAAAUAGUACAACUGCAUCUUUUCAUGAUCCCUAUGUCAAUUGUGCGUCGGCUUUCCAUCUUGCAGGACUAGGACUUGGAUCAGGAGAUUUUUUGGGUACCAGAGGUAUGGGCUCCCUAGGUGACCUCCAUCAUGCAGCUGUAGCUGCAGCUGCGGCAGGAUCCCUUGCAAGUACUGAUUUUCACUUUAGCAUUGAUGGCAACCGGCGAUUGAGUAGUCCUCGACCACCAGGCGGAAGUAUUCGUGCAAGCAUCAGCCGCAAAAGAGCCCUUUCCUCAUCGCCAUAUUCUGAUUCGUUUGACAUUAAUUCGAUGAUUAGAUUUUCACCAAACUCUUUAGCCACAAUUAUGAAUGGCUCUCGAGGAAGCAGCGCGGCUAGUGGUUCUUAUGGUCACAUUUCAGCUAGUGCCAUAAAUCCUAUGUCUCAUGCACAUUCAACACUGGCACCACGUCUACAACAGAUACAAGCUCAUUUGUUGCGCGCAAGCGCAGGACUUUUAAAUCCGAUGACUUCACAACAAGCAGCUGUUGCCGGGUUUUCUAUAAGCCAUGCUGUAGGCGCUUCCACCACAAGCAUAAAUGAUGUUCGUGGUAAUCUAAACGAUUUACCUAGCCAAAUAACACCAUCUUCAAAUGCAAGGCUAGUUAGUGACGAACAUAAACAGGUUGCGGCACUUUCGCAAAAGAACUUCGAUGACGGAAAACAAAGAAAUCGACCGCAUAAAAAUAUUGUCACUGAGCAGCCCUCAUCAACAUCUGGUAGCGUGGCUCAAGUAGAAGCGGACAGUGCCUCAUCACAUUUGUCUGAUCGCUGUUAUAACAAUAUAGGAAAGAAUACCAAAAGUAUUGCUGGCGAUGUAAAAAUAAGCAGCCGCUGUGAAGAGUUUCUUAAUUGUGGAUCAGCAUCAACUCCAUUAAAUGAAUAUGAUUGUGCCAACGCUGAUACGACGGAUAUCAAGGACGAACCCGGAGAUUUUAUAGAAACGAAUUGUCAUUGGCGAAGCUGUUGUAUUGAGUUUAUUACACAAGAUGAACUUGUUAAACAUAUUAAUAAUGACCACAUCCAAACCAAUAAGAAAGCAUUUGUCUGUCGAUGGGAAGAUUGUACUCGUGGAGAAAAACCAUUCAAAGCACAGUAUAUGCUAGUUGUGCAUAUGCGACGUCAUACAGGUGAAAAGCCUCACAAAUGCACAUUUGAAGGUUGUUUUAAGGCAUACUCACGCUUGGAAAACCUCAAAACUCAUUUACGGUCACAUACAGGCGAAAAACCAUACACCUGCGAAUAUCCCGGAUGUAGUAAAGCGUUUAGUAAUGCUAGCGAUCGUGCAAAGCACCAAAAUCGUACACACAGUAAUGAGAAACCCUACAUUUGUAAAGCUCCUGGCUGCACGAAACGUUACACCGACCCAAGUUCUUUGCGAAAACAUGUUAAGACAGUUCACGGAGCUGAGUUUUAUGCAAAUAAAAAGCAUAAAGGCUUGCCACUCAAUGAUGCCAAUUCUCGGUUGCAAAGAGACGGUGGCCAAGGUCGCCAUAACCUUCAAGAGCACAAUAUUGACUCAAGCCCUUGCAGCGAAGACUUGCAUAUGGGAAAAAUUAGAGGCAUGUCUAGUCCCAGCAUUAAAUCAGAAUCUGAUGGAAGUUCGCCACAUCAUCAGUUGGCAAAUGGAGUUCGAACUUCAGACUGUUUUUUAACAUAUUCACCAGAUGGUGCCGUCGAGCAUUUAACUUUGGAGGACGGCUGGAAUUGUGAAGAUGACGUAGACGUGGCCGACCUUCCAAUUGUCCUGCGUGCUAUGGUAAAUAUUGGCAGCGGAAAUUCAUCGGCCGCCACUAUUGGAGGUGGUGUUGUGGCUAGGCAGCGGUUUAGAAGUCGUCUGCAAACUAAAGGUAUAAACUCAAGUACGGUUAUGCUGUGCAACAUUCCCGAAAGCAAUCGCACAAUUGGUAUUAGUGAGCUUAACCAGCGAAUAACAGAACUGAAGAUGGAACCUGGUACAACAGGUGACACUACAGUUCCAAUGCCCCUAAAUACGGGCAUAGGAGGAUUUGCAGAAGACUUAUCGCAAAAUCAAGCAAACACAACCAUAAAUAAGCUUAGCUUUCCCACCGCUUCCGGAUCUCUGCAAGGACAUUUUCGUCGCGAUAGUCAGAACUCCACUGCAAGCACAUAUUAUGGUAGUAUGCAAAGUCGUCGUAGUAGUCAAUCAUCACACGUGUCAUCUAUAUCUACAAUGCGACCAGGCCCGUCGUACAACACAACAACAGCUUCCUUCUAUGAUCCAAUUUCCCCAGGAUGCUCGCGACGCUCCAGCCAAAUGUCAAAUGCAGCCAACUGUUUCACCCUUAAUUCAACAUCAGGAUUGACUCCAAUAAACAAGGAAUCGAAUCCAAGCAGCAGCCCAAGUGCUUCUAUUAAUAAGCAGUGUCUUGGUGUUCAGUGUUUUGGGUUUUACAAUAGCAGUCUUCCUCCCCCUCCAUCGUCUCAUUUAAUCGCCACCAAUUUGAAGCACUUGCAGGGGACAGAUUCUGGGAGUUGUUAUCAGAACUCAACUGGGGGUCGAUUUUCAAUUCCCAGUUUUAUGCAAUCUUUACAUUUGAGCAACAACAGACAGGUCGGGGAGUUUGAAUUAGAUAAAGAAAUGCCUAACAACAAUAUAUUACGACGUCAAUCUGAACCUGUCCCAAACAUAUGUUUUGAUCCAGUAACAAAUGUUCCUUGUUUAAGUAGUCCACUGCAAAAUUUCCAAAUUCCUGUUGGAAAGGCUAGAAACAUAAAUAUAACAUCUUCGAGUAAUGAGAGUAAUUUAAAAAAGGGACAAUGCAAUGUUCCAAUGAAGGUUGAAAUGACUAUGACCAGUGUGCAACAUCCAAAUGAAAGAAUAAAUCUUGAUGAAGUGGAAGAGCUUAUACUUCCCGAUGAAAUGCUUCAGUACUUAAACUUGGUAAAAGACGAUCAAAAUUUUACGGAGAAAGAACAAGAACAUCUCAGUUCCAUUGCACAUGAAACCAUAACAUCAAACGACAACAGAGUACUUUCACAGUCAAAUUUAAACCAAUCAAAAAAACAAUUUUCACCACCGCACUCUAACUGUGAAGUCGCUAAACAUCUACAACCAAAUCCAUCGAAGUUGUCAACGCAAGGAGAGUUUACCAUGACAACGAUCGGAAGUUUAUUUAGCCAGACAGAAUCGAAUAUCGCAACUAUCCCACACCAGCAUGAGCAAACGAAAUGCAUUAGCUUCCCCCAAGAGACUGAGAAAAUUAUCAACAUGGAUAAUGGUAUUAAUCAACAGUCAUCCCUAUUAGCCUAUCAACGACAAAUAACAAAUUCAAAUCAGAAUGAAAUCAUUGACUCAUCAAUGACCAGUUUGCCAGAGCUAAAUUUAAAUCCAGAAUUUCCACGAAUUAACUCAGACAAUGUUUCCAAAGUACAUAGAGGCCAUGAUAAUGAGAUCCAAUGCGGCAUCAUAAGCCAGUCUCAAAUGUCUCCUUCUAUAAACAUUAAUAACGAUGACCAAAUUUCCACCUUAAAAAUACAAGCCCUAUCAUUUUCAAAAUUUCCUUGUCAGCAAAACACUCAAAAAACAGUUUGUGAAACUCAUGCGAAUAAUGUUAGUUCAAUGCAGUCUGAUACAUACCAGCGUACACUAGAAUAUGUGCAAAAUUGUCAGAACUGGUUGGAUUCAAACAAUACAUCUGUCGAUCAAAUUCAAGGAUUGUCUGGAGUGCAAUCAAAUAAUACAUUGUGGCCUGAUGUUAGCAGUUCUACACAUCCAUAUCCUGGUGCAAAUAUGGUUAUCAAUGAUAUGACAACAUCCCUGACUUCUUUGUUGGAAGAAAAUAGAUACCUUCAAAUGAUGCAGUAGAAAAUUCAGCAAUCUAUAAAUUAAAGUCAGUCACAAUAUUAGUUUUAUUUAAAAAAAAUCAUACAUGACGUCGCUAUUUUCACAUAUAGAUGAAAUCAACUACCGUUAAUAUGUUCGCAUCUGCAGUUAUAACAAUCUGUGAAACCUCUAUUAAAUGUUUAUAUAAAAAUAGAGGUCGUGACACAUAAUUUUCUUUGUGCGGAAUUCGGGCGAAAGAAACUUGUGAAAACACGAGGAUAUAUCUGUGUCCAAUUGAGAUAUGCGCAAUAUAUAUGUCUUCCAAACUAUCAAUAAUAAAAAAAAUCCUAGAGCUUCUAAGCAAUAAAAUAUAUAUAAACUA